AAACGUCUGCUUCCGCAUUCAUCAAAGGUAUCUGCUAAUGAGUAGAAUUGUACUUUUGACAUGCUGUCGAAGCUUGGCUGUAAAUCAGAUACGAAAUAUUGGAUGCAUUGAUUUCAAUAUAGGCGAAUCAAUUGAGGAUUAAGAGUUCGGAAUUAUUUCAGUACCAUCAUUUGUAGCUCUGUUUCGAAAUGCCGUUUGGAAAUCUCUUCCGGAGAACAUGGUCAUCCACAGACAGACUUGAUGGCAAAACAGUGCUCAUAACUGGAGCCAACACUGGUAUUGGCAAAGAGACAGCGCUGGACCUGGCAAAGAGAGGGGCCAGGAUAAUCAUGGCCUGCAGAGACAUGGAGAAAGCUGAGGGGGCCCUGAAAGAAGUCAUAGAAGGCUCUGGUAGCCAAAAUGUUGUCAUCAAGAAGCUUGAUUUGUCAGACACCAAGUCCAUCCGCGAGUUUGCAGAGACCAUUAACAAGGAGGAGACGAAACUCAACAUCCUCAUCAACAAUGCUGGCGUCAUGGUGUGUCCGCAUGGGAAAACAGCUGAUGGAUUUGAAAUGCAGAUUGGCGUCAACCACAUGGGUCACUUCCUGUUGACCCACUUAUUGGUUGACCUGAUCAAAAGGUCGACCCCGGCCAGGAUCAUCAAUGUGUCCUCCAUGGCUCAUUCCUGGGGCACCAUCAACCUGGACGACAUCAACAGUGAGAAGGGCUAUGACAAGAAGAAAGCGUACAGCCAGAGCAAGCUAGCCAACGUCCUUUUCACCCGCUCCCUUGCCAAGAAGCUACAAGGCACUGGUGUGACGGCAUACUCCCUCCACCCUGGCGUGGUUCAGACUGACCUGUGGCGGCACCUGAGCGCACCUCAGGCAGCUAUCAUGAAGAUGAUCAGUCCCUUCACCAAGACAUCCGUGCAAGGAGCUCAGACCACUAUCUACUGUGCUGUGGCACCUGAACUGGAAACCGAGAGUGGUGGAUAUUACAGUGACUGCGCACCAGCCAACUGCUCAAGCUCUGCUUCAGACGAUGACACGGCCCAGAAACUGUGGGAGCUAAGCUGCCGGAUGCUUUCUCUGUCAUGGGAUUGAAUAACUCCAAAAAGGUGUAUGGCUUACAUUUUGAGAUGUAUGAGCACUGAAGAAUACAACAAAUGUACAGCAUCUUAAAUGAAAGUCCUUUGUCCCAUGGAUACAUUCCAACAUAUCAUAUUAUGAUGUGGUAUUUUAAUUGAAAUGAUGUAGUUGACAGUAGAUGUAACAUUUUUCUUAAAAUACAAUUUAACAUGGUUCAUUGCCACUGGCAUUUGAGAUGGAUAUAUGGUUGUUGUUGUUUUACCGUACUGUACACAUAGUCAUAUAAUAUUGUACAUUAUUACACUGCUGUUUAUUGUCGAUAAGUAAGUAAUCACACCAACAUUAAAUCACUCAUCUGUAACUGCUCCAUCAAUUUUGGGACUUUUAAAUUAAUAUAAUUAAUUUGUGUGUGUGUGUGUGUGUGUGUGUGUGUGUGUGUGUGUGUGUGUGUGUGUGUGUGUGUGUGUGUGUGUGUAUGUAUGUAUGUAUGUAUGUAUGUCCAUUGAUAUACAGUACCAGUCAAGUUUGAACACACCUACUCAUUCAAGGGUUUUUCUUUAUUAUAUAAUAGUGAAGACAUCAGAACUAUGAACUAUGAAAUAACACAUAUGGAAUCACGUAGUAACCAGUAGCCACUCUUUGCCUUGAUGACAGCUUUGCACGCUCUUGGCAUUCUCUCAACCAGCUUGAAGGAGUUCCCACAUAAAAAUGAUGCUGAGCACUUGUUUGCUGCUUUUCCUUCAUAUGCGGUCCAACACUUCCCAAACCAUCUCAAUUGGGUUAAGGUUGGGUGAUUGUGAAGACCAGGUCAGCUCAUGCAGCACUCCAUCACUCUCCUUGGUCAAAUAGCCCUUACACAGCCUGGAGGUGUACUGGGUCAUUGUCCUGUUGAAAAACAAAUUAUAGUCCCACUAAUCGCUAACCAGAUGGGAUGGUGUAUAGCUGCAGAAUGCUGUGGUAGCCAUGCUGGUUAAGUGUGCCUUUCAAUUCUAAAUAAAUCACAGACCGUGUCACCCGCAAAGCACCAUCACACCUCCUCCAUACUUCAUGGUGGGAACCACACAUGAGAUCAUUCACCUACUCUGUGUUUCACAAAGACCCGGCAGUUGGAACCAAAAAUCUCAAAUUUGGACUCAUCAGACCAAAGGACAGAUUUCCACUGGUCUAAUGUCCAUUGCUGGUGUUUCUUGGCCCAAGCAAGUCUCUUUUUAUUAUUGGUGUCCUUUAGUGGUUUCUUUGCAGCAAUUUGACCAUGGCCUGAUUCACACCGUAUCCUCUGAACAGUUGAUUUGUAAAUGUGUCUGUUACUGAGGUGCAGUUAACUCUAAUGAAAUGAUCCUCUGUAGCAGAGGUAACUCUGGGUCUUCCUUUCCUGUGGCAGUCCUCAUGAGAGCCAGUUUCAUCAUUGCGCUUUAUGGUUUAUGCGACUGCACAUAAAGACAUUUUAAAAGUUCUUGAAAUGUUCAGAAUUGACUGACCUUCAUGUCUUAAAGUAAUGAUGGACUGUCAUUUCGCUUUGCUUAUUUGAGCUGUUCUUGCCGUAAUAUGGACUUGGUCUUUUACCAAAUAGGGCUAUUUUCUGUAUACCACCCCUACCUUGUCACAACACAACUGAUUGGUUCAAACGCAGUGAGAAGAAAAUAAAUUCCAUAAAUGAACUUUUAACAAGGCACACCUGUUAAUUGAAAUGCAUUCCAGGUGACUACCCCAUGAAGCUGGUUGAGAGAAUGUGAAAAGCUGUCAUCAAGGCAAAGGGUGGUUACUUUGGACAAUAUCAAAUAAAAAAAUAGAUUUUGAUUUGUUUAACACUUUUUUUGGUUGCUACAUAAUUCUGUGUGUCAUUUCAUAUGUCUUCACUAUUAUUCUACAAUGUAGAAAAUAGUAAAACAAUUAAGAGAAACCCUGGAAUGAGUAGGUGUGUCCAAACUUUUGAAUGGUGCUGUAUACCCAAUAUAACUUGACUGCCUAAUGAGCUCAGUUCAACUGCCGUACCCCAUCAAAAUAUGAGAUUGUUUUACUCUAUUGCUUGUAAACAAUGUAAUUUUUAACAAACACUGUAUAGCCUCAAACCAUGGUUAAAACUAUAAUAUUGAUACCAUGGGUGGUCAGUCCUUGCAAAUAGCUCUGAAUUUGAGAGUGGUGACAUUAACCCAGUCCCAUCCCUCAGCUCCUUACUAAAUCAGUGGCGGGAUUGUCACUUUGUUACUGUUUCAAAUACAGACUUCCCCUUUAGGGGUAUUUACCUACUUCGGACUUCAUAAUGAAUUUCCACUGUAUAGUGGCUUUCAAAUAAUAUUUUCUACAUUUUUAAAAAAACAUUCUAACUAAAACAGUUUUCUAAAAUGAUUCUAUAAUUUUUCUAAACACUUACAAUUACAAAGGGCUGCCUUUAGCAUCAUGUCAUUUCCUUGUUAAAUGUGGUCUAUUUGUCUAUUAUGAUAGAGCAUUAAAAUAUCUAUCUACCAG